ACUAGUACACUAACUAGUACACUAACUAGCUCCGUCCACGGCCUCCAGCACAACCUGGGCCUAGGGGGAGCCGUGGUUGUGGCCAUCUACGGCAUGGGGUUCACGCGGGAGGGCGCUAGCCGGCGUGUCCCUGUGAUGGUGUCUGUCUCUGGAUCUUCGACUCCCAAGGAGGACAACUUCAAGUCGGCCGCUGUCUUUAGAGACAUUGCCAAGAGACUGGAGCUGGAGGGAGAGUCCCUGGUACAGAAGCUGUCUUCCGUCUUUGAAUUCCGCGUCCGUGGCACCGGAGAUGAAAUCGGAGUUUGGACUGUUGACGUAAAAACCGGGAAUGGAAGUGUCCACUACGCAAGUGGUCUGCCCGCGGAUGUGUCUCUGUCCGUGUCCGAUGAAGACCUUGUGUCCGUGAUGUCCGGCAGACUCAACCCUCAGACGGCUUUCUUCCAGGGUAAGAUGAAGAUUGCUGGCAGCAUGGCGGCCGCUAUGAAGCUGCAGAGUCUGGUGACAACUCUACCCAAAGCCAAGCUGUAGACACACACACAGACA